UGUACUGAAGAUCGAAAAAAGUGUCCUGUUCGCAGCUGUUGUGAUGCACGAAUGCACGCACAUUGCACUCGCACUCUCCUCAUUCGUACUCACUCUAGAUUAUAGAUUAUAGAUCUAUCUGAAUUGACACUAGAGUCUAGAUCUAGAUCUAGAAUCUAGAUCUAACUGUAUUUAAAUGGGAUCAACAAGUAUUACAGAUAAAAUUUCUCGAACAAGACGCUGCCUUGCAGGAUCAUCUUGGCAAGGCCGGAUGAACAGAGUAAGUUCUGUUCUCAACAGAGAUGUAAAGCAGUUUGGGAAGCAGUUUUUAUUUGAUGGUGAUGACGAAACGUGUUGGAAUUCUGAUCAGGGUAGUCCCCAGUGGAUUCUACUAGAAUUUGAAGAGGAGGUCAGCGUCAGCGAAAUUCACGUCCAGUUCCAAGGUGGAUUCUCUGGCAAAGAAUGUUGGAUUGAGGCUGCUUGUCAGGGGGAAGAUCUCCAAAAGAUCCAUAAUUUUUACCCUGAAAAUAUCAAUCCUUCGCAGGUCCCAUGCCUAGCUAGGCUUGUGUGGAGUGGGCGAGAGGAGGGGUUGUGCAUUACAUGAUCAGCUGCCCCACCCCUCUUUGCAAAGGACGAUGUGCUUGGUGGGAGAGGCGAGGUAGGGCUGCAUUGUUUCAUCAUCGCGUUGCUGAUUCACUGUUGCGAUAUGCUUAUCUUGACAAAAUGUUUGUGUUUUGAAAAAUUUGAAAAAGCACUUUGAUUUAGUGCUAAUUAAUUAAAGACCGCUCACACUGACCUGUGCAAUUAUACUGUCUUGGUGCAGGUAGGCUUAUUAUCGAUGGAACUCGAAAGCAUUGCUCAUCGUAUUUCUCAUUCUCAAUCUAUCAAUUUCAAAUUCUCUCAGAUUUCAAAUUCAAGUCAAUAGGCAUAGGUCUAACCUAUCUGAUCUUGGACAAUGGCCUAAAAAA